AUGGUAGACCAAGCAAAUGCUGUAUCCGCAAUCAGCUUGCUUUUAACUAUCCCUCAAAGAUGGAGCUAUCAUCAGCCUUGCCAGCUGAAAGAUGAAGUACAGAAGCUACGAGCCGAAAUCGAACAACUACGCGUGAUGAGUAUUAACGCGGGGGUCAACGUAGCGGCGAUCGCUACUAUCUCACAGCGUAAAAAUUGGUCACCAGGACAGUCGCCGGAUGGAGCAGGCGAAUUAUUGAGGCAUCCGUCACUGGAAAGCGUCACCAGUCAUCGUUCCUCGAUGAGUUCCUCGAGCAAAGGCAGUAAAACGGAUAAGAGCAGCCUGAAUAGCUUCGGAAAACAGGGCAAAAAGAGCUGGAUCAGGAGUUCGUUCUCGAAAUUUACAAAGAGCAAGAAAUCAAAAGGUGGUGGUUCGAUAUCGGAUGCUGAACAUUCACCAAUGCAUACUUCCGGUUCCCCAUCAACUCUGAAACCGAUUUCGGGUAGUGCAAGCAGGUUGGACGAAUUGGAAUCUGUACCACAGGUGGUCGAACUGAAGAAGCAGCUGGAAGAUAAAGAUUCUGCACUGACAGAUGUUCGGUUGGAUGCACUAGAUAAAGCACGUGAAGUGGAUAUCCUCAAGGAAACGAUUAAUAGGCUGAAGAACGAAAACAAGAUCCUGAAGCAGAAUUAUACGAUGCUUGAAAGGCGAAUGCGAGCCGAAAGUCGAACAAGCUCACAGCAGUCGCUGCAAGCAUUACCCGAUGAGGAUCCAGUCUAUGAAGUGCCACCGUCAAGCGAGCGUUCGUUCACCUCAAAAAUAUCUGGCUGCAGUUAUGUGAAGGUAACAGUGAGCGUCGAUUUUAGUGGUCUGCUAAGGCCUCGUUCGCAUGCCGGUGAAAUUUCCAUCGGUUUCAACACGCUUCCUGCAGCUACCACUACUUGGGAAGAUUUCGAUUCGGAGCUUUUCAGACUGUUCGACGAAUAUAUAGCGAGAAUUGAUCCCAGUGGAGCUCUCGAAUUAAGUGCUCGAGAAUCCGUAAUUGGUUAUGAGUUUGGCGACUUCGUUCGAGACGUGGAAAGCAAUUCGGCGCCGUCACCAAUGCCAGCCGAUGUACUUAACCAAAAGCACGAUAUACGCAUUUUCUUGAAAGGUGUGACGCAACGAAGCAUCGAUGGAUUACUGAUGGAUUGCCUUUUCCCGCGCUCGUUAAUCGAACAGCUUUUGAAAUCACUGCUGCAAAAUCGUCGAUUAGUGCUAUUCGGUGCGACUGGUAUCGGAAAAUCGAAUCUGGCUCGCUUGCUUGCUCGAUAUCUUUGUAUCAAGGUUGGGGGAACAUUUCAAAAUACCGUCGUCGAUAUCAAAAUUGGCGAAGAUGAUAAUGAUCGAAAUAUGGCACAGGUGCAGCAUAAUUUCCGCAUGUUCCAAAUGCCAAACAACGUUGAUGCAAUCCGCGGCUACAUGGGACGCUUCCUGAGACGCCGGAUACUGGAGCGAGAAAUGAGUGGUGAAGAGCGCUCUGCUCCAGAAAUUUACAGGAUCGUUGAGUUUCUUCCCAGGGUUUUGUCUUCCGUAAAUUCGUUUAUUGAAAAAGCAAACUCUCUGGAUGUCACGAUUGGGCCUCGUCUUUUCCUGCAAUGCCCAUUAAGUGUGGCGCAAUCGCGAGAAUGGUUUAUCAAGUUAUGGAAUCAAAUGAUUGUUCCUUAUAUGAUCAAAGUAGCAAAAGAAGGUGUAAAAGUACUGGGCCGUUGUGGGAGCUUUGAAGAUCCCACCGAUUUCGUCUGCGAGCAAUGGCCAUGGCUAGAAGGGGUGGCAGCAGAGAAAGUUCUGCAGCGUUUGUCGCCGAUUCGGGAGACAAUAUCCGGUCAGCCGAACGGUAACAGUGCUCAGUUCGACCCGCUGGAAGCAUUAAUUCGGAUUCAGUCCAAUAAUGCUAAUUCUCAGCAAGAGAUUGUGCAGUAG